AUGUUCGCGCGUAAGGUGUUCUGCGUCACCGGUGCCGCAUCGGGUAUAGGUCGAUCUACUGCAAUAAUACUAGCGCAAAGAGGCGCUGCUGCUCUCGCGGUCAGCGACGUGAAUGCAGCGGGUUUAGAUGAGACCGUCAGAGAGUGCGAGAAAGCUGGGGCCAAAGUCCUAGCUUCCAAAGUCGACGUCCGCCAAGAUCAUGAGGUGAAGUCCUGGAUCCAAGAGUCUUUCGCCAAGUUUGGCAGACUCGAUGGGGCUGCCAACGUUGCUGGAGUCGCUGGCGGGACGGGAUCUACAAUCAUUGAGACAAUCGCACAAGAAGACUGGGACAGGACCAUAGGCGUCAAUCUCAACGGGGUUCUCAACUGCAUGCGAGCUCAACUACCGCUGUUACCAAAGCCAGGAGGAGCAAUCGUCAAUGUGUCAAGCACCUCCGGCCGGAGAGGUCUACCGCACAGCGCCGCGUACGCAACAAGCAAGUUCGGCGUCAUUGGGUUGACAGAAUCAGCCGCUGGGGAAUACGCCAAGGAUGGCAUCCGGAUCAACACGAUACUGCCCGGGCCGGUCGAUACCAAAAUCUUUCGAGACGGCGAGGCAUUGGGACUCUUUGACUCGGACACGCUUUCCAAGGAUACUUUGCUUCGCCGGAUGGGCCAACCUGAUGAGAUCGCAAAGGUCAUCUGCUUUCUCUUGAGUGAAGAUGCCUCAUACGUGACAGGAGCACACUGGAAUGUUGACGGGGGCUAUCUGGCUUGUUAG